CAUAUGUUUCCGUAAAUCGCCAUCCGUUCGAAUUUUCUGACAAAUACGCGUGUUUGGCUCAUGUGAUUGACAAUGAGUGCAACGAGAGACAUCGAGGAGCAUCGAGGGAUUGAAAUAAUGGGGAUUAAUCGACAGAGGAAGUACAUUGCUCGUUUACGAUAUUGAGGUCUUGACCAAUUCAGGAUUCAAUUGGCAAAAAGAAUCGAUAUCUUCACCGGAAUUUAUCUACAAACACUGGUGCCUGGAAAUGGGAACGGAUAGUCAAAAUCAAAAUAUGCCAAAAGUUGACUUGUUGAAAGAUGCAGAAAAACUCAAAUUUACAGAUAUAAUUUACAUGAAACGCUUAGAGGAGCAAAAUCUGCAAAGAGCAAAAAAAGUACUGAGAUAUCGUAAAUCUAAUAAUCGUUUGGCUUUUGCCUUAACCUUUGGAGUCCUUGGGAUUUAUACAUAUACAAUAUAUUCCGUUAAACAGGAAAAAUUCUUAGAUGAUUUUGAGGAACCAGAAAAGACGAUCGAGCUACCUAAAUAGUUUGAUUUUAAACGAAAAAAUUUCAUGUUUGCAUAAACUUUUAUGAUAAAACUUUCGUAUAAUAGAAUAGAGAUGAGCAUAAAUAGAUAAAGA